UCGUAAGGUAGGAGCUUCUAUCUGCUUCCGCGUGUUUCAAUACUUUUCAAGCGUACCGGCUGUGUGUUUUUGUUUCCCCAUUUCGAUUGCUGCGAGACUUUAAUACAAGAUGUCUUCUGACAAAGUGCGCGCCAGCAAGUCAGGGUUCGGCCGUGAUGUUGAACACAAAAUGGAAUUAAACUAUGACCGGGAGGAGGAGGCUGGUACCCCAGUGCACAUUGUCAACUGGUUGAAUGAAAUGCUUGCAGGAGACCAUCCUAAAUGUGAAGCCACUGAUUGGAAAUCAAUAUGCACUUACCUCAGAGACGGAGUAGCUCUCUGCAAGCUCAUUAACAAGCUUUUACAAAAAGAAGGAAAACCCCCUGUACAAUUCCAGAAAAAAGUGAUGUCACCUUUCGUAGCCAUGACAAAUAUCGAAAACUUUAACAAAGGGUGUCUGGACUAUGGGCUUGCUAAAGAAUUUGAAUUCCAGAGUGGAGAUUUGUGGGAAGUGAGAAAAGGCCCGUUCCUUAACGUCAUCAAUUGUAUCCACAGUCUGGGCUUUGUAGCCAAUUCCAAAAAGAUGAUGCCAUGUUACCAAGGCGAGGUCACAAAGUUCCUUGACAGGGAUUAAAGCUGCAGCCAAUCACAUCAGCCGUAACAAACAAGUGAUAUAUCACAUGGUCAUUGUUGUUAAUUCAUUUUUUUUAUUGGUUUAUGAUUUUUGUAUGCCGAGAUGCUGAAAUAGUGACGUUUACAUUGGUGCAUAGUUACUCAACGCAACAAGUAUAGGAUUAUUUAAGUACAUUUUUAUUAGAAGCGCCAUGUAUUAAGUAAAGUAAUCUUAGGGGGAAAUCUUUUUGUAUACUUAUGGGAGUAUUUUAUCUAUUAUCAAUUGUAAUAUGAAUUUAUUUUGACAGGAAAGAAACUCUUGUAUUCUGAUUAAUGUUACAGGUCAUAUUUAUGAAUGUGAAUGCUUAAUAAAUUAUAUUAAACUUUG